AUGUCUACUGGUGUAAUGAGACUAAAACUUAACUCAAUCAGCGCUGGAACAACAAACUUCUUAACAGUGGGAAUUAUUAUUGCUAUGCAAAGUCCUAAAGUAAUUGUAUCAAGAAAAAAUAAUAAAGAAAAAUGUGUACUUUCAUUUACUAUACGUGAUUCUCCGAAAGACGUGGUUAAUGUAAGUGUAUGGGGCUCAAACGAUUACAUUAACCGUUUAUAUAAGGAUUACAAAAUCGAAGAUGUCGUUGAUUUAAUUAAUCCUAUCAUCAAGUUUAUACCAGAAAUUGAAGAAAAAUAUAUGCCAAAAACAUCUUGCCCAUUUGUGUUAACAUUAAAUGAAAAUUCAUCUCAAAUUUUGAAGCAUGAUGUUAAUGAUCCUACGAACUUUAAAUAUCUUAUGAGACUUCCUACUUGUCCACAAAGUAUGUAUUUAAAAAUCGAAGAUAUUCAUUCUAGUGGAAAAGAAAUGUGUGGAAAAUGUUGUAGUUUAUUAGUUGCAGUUAGAUAUGUGAAGUCUACUAAAUUAAUUAAAACCAAAACUGGAAAUGACAUUUACUUAAAGAAAAUUAUUGUGAUGGACAAAACAAAUACAACACUCUUAAUAAACAUUUGGGAUAAACAACUAGCAGAGAGAGCUACACAAUGGAAACCAAAAAAAACAAUUUUAGCUUUUUCGGAUUUACAUUUAGAAUGGGAUAAUUUUGAUAAAACCAUAGCAGCUGUUGUUUCUAAUAGAACAAUUAUAACUGAAGAUCCAAUUACAAAAGAAGCUAACGAUCUAAAAAAUUAUGCAAUUACAUACUUGAAUGGGCUAUCAAAUAAACAAAAUAUUCACAUUCCUAAUCGUAAGUGA